UGUCUCCUUCUCGCGAGAUCUGGGGAAGGGUCCAGCAUGGAGGCCGUGGAGGAGGCUGAUGUCGAUGUUGAAGGGGACGCGGCGGCCGUUGGAGAAGCGCGGUCGGGAAGCCAUGACAACCCGUCAUCCAGUUUACUCCAAGAUCACUACCUCGACUCAACUUGGAGAACUGAUACUGGUCUUCCUUGGAGUCUUGAUAGCACAAUUAGUGAAGAGAACAAGGCUGUCAUUGAGAAGAUGUUGUUGGAAGAAGAAUACUAUCUGUCUAGUAAAUCACCUUCAGAAAGACUUUGGCAAGAUUUGAAGGAAAGUGAUAAAAAGUGCAUAAAAAGUCCUCACAAGAAAGAUGGAAAACUCACCAUACGUUCACCUACAAAAUCUAGUGUGUCAUUAAAAUGGACAUUAGAAGAAAAAGAGUUAUUUGAACAAGGACUGGCUAAGUUUGGCAGACGGUGGACAAAAAUUGCUAUGAUGAUUAGCAGUCGCAAUGUUCUUCAAGUAAAGAGCUACGCCAGGCAAUAUUUUAAGAACAAGACAAAAACAGAUGGCUUGCAGAAAAUGGAACAACAUCCAUGCCUCAGUGCUCCUGUUCUUAAUAGCAAUGAGAAUGAAGAAGAAAAAGCAGUGUUAAGAGGUCGGGCAGACCCUAAUCUGAAUGCAGUAAAAAUUGAAAAAUUAUCAGAUGAUGAGGAGGUAGACAUCACAGAUGAAAUGGAUGAGCAGCUUUCUUAUGCACUUCAACAAGAAUUUGGGAAGUCUGAAGUAUUAGAUAGUGAAAAGAGUCCAGCUGAACAAACUAUUUGGACGGAACCGAUUUUGGAUCCAACUGCUGUUCUAACUACAAGCAAUAUUACAAAGCCAGAACAAAGUGAAGCUGAAAGUCCAGGAAGUGCAGUUUUAUGCUGUGAAAAAAAUGAUUGUGAACUUGUGAAUUCAAAUCAUCCCAAGUGUGCCAGCUGGUUUUCUAAUUCAGAGCCUUGUGGAGAACAGGGCGACUUGGCUGACAACAGCCUUCUUUUCCAUUGUUCUGACCAAGUGGAAGAGGAGAACCAGAUGGAUGCGGAGGAGCUGAAGCCACCUGACCAAGAACUGGAAAUGGAUAAAAAUAUCAUACUAGAAGAAGAAAAGCAAGCGAUACCAGAAUUUUUUGUGGGACGUCAGGCCAAAACUCCUGAACGCUACUUGAAAAUUAGGAACUACAUUUUAGAUCAGUGGGAAAGAAUCAAGCCAAAAUACCUGAACAAAACAUCAGUACGCCCAGGAUUGAAGAACUGUGGUGAUGUAAACUGCAUAGGCCGGAUACACACAUACUUGGAAUUAAUAGGAGCAAUUAACUUUGGCUGUGAGCAAGCCGUGUAUAACAGACCACAGUCUGCUGAUAAAAUACGACCCAAAGAGGGCAAGGACACUAUAGAAGCCUAUCGGCUUGUGCAACGGCUACAGUCUAUGCGUACCAGGAGACGCCGAGUCAGAGACCCUUGGGGAAACUGGUGUGAUGCCAGAGAUUUGGAAGGACAGACGUUUGAGCAUCUCUCUGCAGAAGAGUUAGCUAAGAGGCGAGAAGAUGAAAAACACAGACCACCAAAAACAUCUAAAGGACUAAGACAUAGCAAAAGUUCAUUUGAUCCCUUUCAGCUGAUCCCUUGCUGUUCCUUCACAGAACAAAAGCCAGAACCAUUCCAAGUAACAAUAGCACCAGAGGCGCUUCUGAUUAUGGAUUUGCAUGCUCAUGUUUCAAUGGCAGAAGUAAUAGGUCUGCUAGGUGGAAGAUAUUCUGAAACUGAUGGAAUAGUUGAAAUCUGUGUAGCAGAACCAUGCAAUAGCCUCAGUACAGGCUUACAAUGUGAGAUGGAUCCUGUAUCUCAAACUCAGGCAUCAGAAACGCUUGCUGCUAGAGGUUACAGUAUUAUUGGAUGGUAUCAUUCCCACCCUGCUUUUGACCCUAAUCCUUCAAUACGAGAUAUUGAUACACAGGCUAAAUACCAGAAUUAUUUCUCCAGAGGUGGCUCCAUGUUUGUUGGAGUGAUCAUAAGUCCAUUUAAUCGAAAUAACCCACUGCCAUAUUCCCAAAUUACAUGUCUGGUAAUCAGUGAUGAGAGUAGUUCUGAUGGCUCCUAUCGCUUGCCAUACAAGUUUGAAGUACAACAGAUGUUGGAAGAACCUCAGUGGGAAUUAGUAUUGGAAAAAACACGAUGGAUAAUUGAAAAAUACAGAAUGUCUCAUAGUUGCGUGCCCAUGGACAAAAUCUUCCACAGAGAUUCAGAUCUGACCUGCUUACAGAAGCUGUUGGAGUGUCUGAGGAAGACUCUGGACCACGUGGCAAAUAGCUUCAUUGCUGAAGAAUGCUUGGCUCAGAUAGAAAACUUAUUCCUCUCAAACUACAGUAAUGAGAAAUGGAGUAAUACUACUGAAAGUAAUAACAUGUGUCUAAAUGACCUGCCUACAUGAUGGUGUUGAAAAGAACUAUCACUUGCUUUCUAACACGUUGCCAUUCUUC